UCAAAUUGCAGUAUCUUUAUACCUCUACUAACAGUUGUUAUUCUGACUGUUCAAUUUCAGAGAUUAGAGAAGUGCCAUGGCAUUCUUACUGCAGUAAUUUCCAACCUUUCAGAAAAUGAAGCUCAUGAUGCCCUUAAUCAAAUGGUGUGUAAAGGUCCUCAGCAGCACGAGGAAGCAUCUCUUGGGCUCCUUUACAUCAUAUUAGUGGAACCAGCUGCUGCAGCAAAGGCCUAUCGAGACCUGACAUGUAUCACAAGAGAUGGACUAAGUUUGAUCAUUGCAAGAUUAAUUGGUGUUGUUACAGACAAGCUUAGUAAAUUACUUGAUGGUGUCAAGACACAGGUACUGUGGCUCUCUUGCGAACUAAUAAAGAACUCUGUUCCUGGUGUUGAGGGGCUUUGUCAAGCUCUUCUCAGACAAAUUUCUGGAGGAGAUAACUCACCUUCAAACAUUUGGCUUGCAGAGAAUGUCUUAGGGUUACUGAACAACAAUAGGGCUUGGCUGGAGAAGAACCCAGUGCUUCUGGCAACUGGUGUGUACACAUUCCUUAGAUUAUUGGAGGAUCAUGAAGCCCUGCCAUUCAAAACCUUGCGGCAAAUGGAAAUUGAAUUCUGUUCCUCACUUCUGAGGGAAAGGUUUAGAAAUUGUAUAGUUGCCCGUGUUGAAAUGGUACAAUGAAGACAAAAUGUCUCAAGAAUACCAGAGUUUGGUGCAUUGUGGAAAGAUAUUUUGCACAGACCUCAGUCACUUUGUCCACAGUUUUCAGGUAUUGCUCAGUUGCUGUACACCAGGACCUCGAGGAAGUUUUUGGCAUGUAGGCUGCAUCCUGAAAUGGAAAAUAAGAUUUUGUUCUUAACAUCCAAGUAUCUGUCCACCCCUGAAAGUCAGAGUCUUCGAGCAGAUUUAAUCCGUUACAUAGUUGGUGUAGUUCAUCCUUGUAAUGAAGUGCUGUGUUCUGACAUUAUACCAAGAUGGGCCAUCAUCGGCUGGCUGCUGACAUCUUGCCAGACUGCAGUUUCAACAGCAAAUUCCAAACUUGCCUUGUUCUUUGACUGGCUCUUUUAUCAACCAGACAAAGAUAAUAUCAUGAAUAUUGAACCUGCCAUUUUGUUGAUGCACCAUUCAAUCAGAAGUCACCCAGCUAUCACAAGCACUUUGAUGGAUUUUCUUUGCCGGAUUAUACCACAUUACAGCAACAUUCCAGAUGUUCAAGUGAGACAAGGAGUUAUCAAAGCCUUUAGGCACAUUCUCAGUAAAAAGGUUGUAAUGUCAUUGUCUCCAUUGUUAGACAACCCCAAAAUGGAAAAAGAUUUGCGAAAUUUGAUCAGAAGUACACUUGCUGAGUUCUGUGAUUCAGGUUCAAAACUUGAGGAAUCUUCCACUUCAGCAUUUAGCAAAGUGGAAAGCUCUUCUGCUUCACCGUCAAAUGACAUCCUGGGUUCCCUGGGCUCAAGAAUGAUGGAGGCAGACACAGGUAGCAGCACAAAGGAUGCUGAACUAGUUGAUAGUGGUGUAGAUGAGGAAAUGGAGCCACCUGAUGAAGAGGCUGUGUUCUCAGAUCCUGAUGAAGAGGAUGAAAGAGACAUAACACCUGUCAAAUCAGAGAGCUCUAAGGAGAAGGAUUAUGAGUUUAAACCAAUUGAAAAGGAAGGCAUGGAUGACAAUGAGGAAGGGGACAGUAAUGAGGACAUCACCGAGCUUGAAGAUCUUGAAAAUUUAGGAGAUGAAUUGAAAGAGCUGAUCAUUAAAUUCUCCCAGGAGAGUGAUUCUUCAGUGCGAUGCAAUAUAAUGGAGAAUGUCCUUAAGAGCAUUGCAUCCCUGGAGGAAUUUGAAGAUGACACAGCAAAGUCUCUGGCUGUUUGUCUCAACUUUUGCUUGGUAGAUGAUUUAAUUACUUCAUGUAUUUUGAAAGACAGAAAUUUAGAAGACUGUUUAGAUGGACCAAUCUAUGUCCUGUGUCGGAAUAUAUGUGUUCUUCCCACUCAUGAUGUUGGUAGAGAACGUUACCUGACAUUGCUGGGUGCCUUACAUUCUGUGGACCAGAAAUUUGGCUAUCGGUUUCUAUUCUUCUUAAAAGCAAGAAUUGGUACGUUUGAGUCUGCUAGUGGGUAUUAUAAAAUUAAUGUGUUAUUCUUAAUUAUUUGCUGGUUUCAUUUGUAUCCAGAAAGCACUCUAGAAUGGGAAUCUUUUGAGCAACAGUGUGUGUGGCACUUGAUACAAGCUGAAGAUGUAUUGUUGGAGUCUUUUGUUAACAUUCUUCCUUCACUGAAGCAAGAUCAGCAUGCAGAGGCGUUAUCAAACUUACUUAUCCUCAUGAAAAGUGUUGCUCCAUCCACAGAUCUACUAACCCCAGUCCUUUCUAUGGAAUGCUCUGAAAAGAGGCCUGGAAACCAGUUUAGUGUUUCAUUGCUCAGGUACUGGGCACAGGAAUACCCAAGAGAAGUUGCUCAGCUGAUUGGUCAGCAACUCUGUAAACAAGCUUCUGCAAGCAAGAAGAGAAAGUAA